AUAACAUUGUCCAAUCUAAUCUUCGAUAUGCACUAAUCGCCAUACAUGCUGAGUAGGUACAUUCUGCCACAGAAUACGAUAACAGCACCACCGAUCACGGAUACUUUAUCACCGAAAUAUCAAUAUUUUAUCACUAAAUAUUAUUUUAAUUACAUUCUUAAUCAGAACUAAUUAAUCUUCCAUUUAAUACGCGGACGAUAUGCUCGCCGUUUUAGUUUACACAUAUCAGUAACGUAAUGAAUGGGAAUAUUAUAAUAUUAAUAAUAUGUGUUUCUGUAUUUUAUGUGGCUUGUGUGCGCUGUGAACGGAUUAAGCUUUUGGACCCUGAAGUUGAAUCGUUAGAUAAAGAUAAUGUAGGGAAACUCCUCGGAAACCACCCCAACAUGGUUGGUCAGUCCAAUGGGGCGGCGCGACGGGUCGACUCCACUGUCCACCAGACUGUCAACAGAUAUUACUGCUCCUUGGACUCCAUGAUAGAAGGCAGUCAUUUGAUGGUGUACGGCUCGAACGGCUGGACGUUUCCUCAGCAAGACGUGAACCUCACACUCCGAUAUCCACCCGAUGAUAAAGAGACCAUUUUACACGAUGAUGAUGAAGAUUACAUUAUAACUGGUUUUAAAGUGAUCCUGUUUAUAAACGGACCAACGAGUGAGGGGUAUAUUAUGGAAGGUGGAGUUUUACAGGAAACAAUUACAUUAUCGUUCAUUAGCAGUCGGCUCACUUCAUUGAGUUACGAGUUUUGGCUGUAUGGAGCUAGGAAGGACACACCCGGCCUCACACUAAACUCACACUACCGUCUGUGCUAAUAAAAUGGUUGCAAUUUAUUGAUUUAAAUAGGUUCUUUAACUACGCAAUCCUAACAUUUUUGAAGCAUGGGUUCUGAAAACUGGGUACAGCGGGCUGGCCCAAGUGCCUUACCAAGGUGUAUUUGGUAGUGUUUAAAAAAACGAGGGAAGUCGGGAAAUUUGGAGGUUUUAAAGUUUUAAGAAGUAUCAAAUAAAAGUUUUGUUUUACACUUUUUAACAGUGCGUUUCUUUGAGUUUG